UCGGCUAAACGAAGGGCUUCCCUAUCCUCAGUUGCUUGUGUCUACCACGAACGUGCCACGCCACCAAACGACCUCCAGAGCUUUUUGUCCCAUCGCGCCUCGAUCAGCAGCUACAAGCCCUACUGAAUACUCUUUGUUACACAGCAAGAGUAUAGGGAAGUGGGUCGGUGUAGGUGGGACCAGCCUUCGCAGCUAGAGAAUUAGCGAUGGCACGGACACUCCUCCAACAGGGUCCGUGCCGCCUAUCACAAGGGCGACAUGCUUUUACCCGACGGCAUUUCCUACCCUGUCAAAGGGCAUUACUUUUUGUACAAUCAGCAGCCCGCACGCCCUCGGCGACCACACAGCCAGUCGACGUGGAGCAGGAGACUUGUAGUAGCAGCAGGGCUUGCUGCAGUAGUAGCCCUGAAGCGUUAACACGAGCGUGCUCAACAGAUGCAGCGCGCAUCUCUGGCGCGGAUUCUGCGUCAUGUAGCGGCAAUUCAAGGGAGCUGGCCCAUUUCAAAGCGGCUAUCGCUUUGGCACUUGCUUCAGGUCUUUCGCUAGUUUUGGUAGACUCAGCUUGGGCAAGUGGCGGAACGCUUUCAGGAGGAGCAAUAGAUUUGUUUAAAGAAUUUCUGGACAAGGUGGAAUCCAUGGGACCCGCCGGCGGAGUGGUGUUCGUGGCUGUUGUGAUGGUCAGCGAGAUGAUUCCGCUCUUCCCCACACAGCCGCUGUCGCUGGCUAGCGGACUGCUGUUUGGAGGAAAGGAGGGUGCGGUGCUGAUGCUGGUGGGGGUGACGCUAGCCGCCGUCAACGCCUUCUUCAUCUCGCGGGGGGUGGGGCGGCCGCUGGCGGAGAAGGUCAUCCGCAUGGAAAUGGGCGACCCCACCUCCUCCUCCUCCACCUCCUCCCCCACCUCCACCUCUUCCUCUUCCAGCGCCGUCGCCCGCAAGCUAUCCGAAGUCACCUCCGUCAUCGAGCGCGGCUCCUUCUGGCAGCAGCUGGCGGCCGUGGCGCUGCUGCGGCUCACGCCCGUGGUGCCCUUCUCCGCCUCCAACUACGUGCUGGGCCUAACGCCGCUGGGGCUGCCGGCUUUCCUGGCGGGCACGCUGGCGGGCAUGGCGGUGUGGAGCUGUGUGUAUGCGUCACUGGGGGGCGCGGGGAGGAGCCUGCUGGAGGGCGGGACGGACCUGGGCACGGUGAUGGCGGAGCUGGCUGAGCGGUCCGGCACCUACACGCGCCCCAUCCUGCUGGCGGCCAGCGGUGUGGCGGCGGCAGCGGUGCUGGUCUACCUGGUCAGCAGGCAGCUGGGCGGG